AUGGCUAAUUCACUGCAAUGUAUAUAUGGCGGUCAUGGUGCUGUAAAUGAAAGAAGUGGUACCAUAAGAGAUAUUAACGUUACCUGUCGGUCACAAACCAAAUUCUGUUUGAAAUUGGAGUCUGAUACAAUUCUAAGUGGAGAACAUGUGAUAGGAUUUGCUCGUGGUUGUGAUCAGGAAAUGCCGGGUCUAUCGAAGCAUAAAUUUUGCAAAGUUGAGGGUUGCAUGAAUACACACGAUAGCACAGGUACUGCAGAAGUGUGUUGCUGUACCAGUGAUUACUGCAACGAUGGAACUCGCAGCACUUCCUUGUUUGCAGCCUAUUUCAGCAUUCUUUUCUUCCUUUCUUUUUUUCUUAACUAUUAA